UUAUGAUCAAAGUAGUGUUAUAAAAAGACAACCUCUCACUCAAUCUUCACGUUAUCACACUCUAUUAUAUGAUUCUUUAGACAUGUCGCAAACGCCUAGAGGAAACUAUGCAUUAAGCUCGCAGAUUAACAUGGAAAACAUGGACCAGGUGGAAGUCGUGAGGUCAAGAAUGAUACAAGUUAACGAUGCCCAAGGAGAAUUUCUUGCUGGCUUCGACGUUAACGAUACAAAUGUCAAUUGGGUCGAUUAUCUUAACAGAUAUAACAUUUUUCUCUCGAAACAUACGGGUCUCUCGAACACGUUCAUUGAUUCAAAUUUUAAAAAGAUAGUACUUCAUCCAAAGGAAAUCCCGCCAGAGGAUCAGGAAGAGUUAAUUUCUACGUUAUUAAGAACAAAACCUAUCCCGGAGAUUGCACAAAAAGAAAAGCAGAUCAAACAUGACAUUUCUGUUGAGGAAGGCUUGGAUGGACUCGAAAAGGAUGCCAAAGAGGAUAAGAAUGAUGAAACCAAAUGGGACAGGUUGCUGAAAGAAUGGGAAUCACGAUAUAACGAACAUAGAGAUAUAACAAAAAAUGCAUCAAUGUUUUGUGAGGAUGUCAUCGGAAAAAUGGACAUUAAAUGUAGAAUGGAA